AUGGCACUUGUCAAGCAAUUCCUGAUCGCUCUCACCGCCAUCACUGGAGUUCUAGCAGGUGGUUACAAUCAAUCUUGUUCUCAGAUACGAUACUGGGAUCCAGACAGCAUAUACGGGCACAAAAUGAAUGCAUCACCUUACCUAGUCGCCAAAUGCACGGAUACGGACGGAAAGGACCGUUGCAGCUUUCUGCCUCUGACUGUCUGCUUCAGCCUUGACCAAGGGUUGUUUGCCUUCCGUGCAUAG